AAUCCAUUCAUCAGCAAAGAUGACUUAUAAACACGGUCUUCCCUUCCCAUCUCAUCUCUGCCAUUCGUAUUUCAAACAACUAUGGCUGAAUCAUUUCUGUUCAGCAUAGCAGAGUCACUCAUAGAAAAGCUUGCUUCUCAUGCUUUUCAAGAAGCUUCUCGAUUGGUGGGUUUAUACCACGAUCUACGAGACCUUACAAAGACUCUCUCUUUAGUCAAGGCUGUUCUGUUAGAUGCUCAGCAAAAGCAAGAUCACAACCACCAACUCCGCGAAUGGCUCACUCAACUUAAAAUUGUCUUCUCCGAAGCUGAAGAUGUUUUGGAUGAAUUUGAGUGCCAAACACUGCGAAACAAAGUGGUCAAAGCUCAUGAUAGCACCAAAGACAAGGUAAGUCACUUCCUCUCAACCUCUAAUCCACUUGUUUUUCGUUGCAAGAUGGCACGACAAAUUAAACAUAUCAACAACAGACUAGACAAGGUUGCAGCGGAUAGGCAUAAGUUUAGUCUUCAAAUAAUUGAUGUUGACACACGUGUUGUUCAUCGGAGAGAUAUGACACACUCCCGUGUGAGUGAUUCAGAUGUGAUAGGAAGAAAACACGAUAAAGAAAAGAUAAUAGAACUUUUGAUGCAGCAGAAUCCUAAUGAUGAUGAUACAAUUCUAUCUGUUAUCCCAAUUGUGGGGAUUGGAGGCUUGGGAAAGACUACACUUGCAAAGUUUGUGUUCAAUGACAACAGGAUCCAGGAGUGCUUCCCAUGGAAGAUGUGGGUGUGUGUUUCUGAUGACUUUGACAUUAGGCAACUAGUUAUCAAAAUCAUCAAUUCUGCCAAUGAUGUAGAUGUUCCUCCUCACCAACAGAAUUUGAACAAGAUGGAUCUGGAGCAACUGCAAAACCAAUUGAAAAGAAAACUUUCCGGUAAAAAAUUUCUUCUUGUUUUGGAUGACGUAUGGAACGAAGACCGUGUUAAAUGGGUUGAGUUGAGGAAUUUAAUCCAAGUAAGUGGAGCAGGAAGUAAAGUUGUAGUGACCACACGUAGUCAUUCGAUUGCUUCCAUGAUGGGUACAGUUCCCUCUCACAUUUUAGAAGGUCUUUCCAAAGAAGAGUCAUUGUCUCUGUUUGUGAAGUGGGCAUUUAAAGAAGGAGAGGAGGAAAAACAUCCUCACUUAGUAAAUAUUGGCAGAGAAAUUGUGAAAAAAUGCAGAGGGGUUCCAUUGGCAGUGAGAACAUUAGGUAGUUUACUAUUCUCCAAAUUUGAGGACAGUGAAUGGGAAUAUGUGAGUGACAGUGAAAUCUGGAAUUUGCCUCAGAAAAAAGAUGACAUUUUACCUGCCCUUAAACUGAGUUAUGAUCUCUUGCCAUCCUAUUUGAGGCAAUGUUUUGCAUUGUUUUCCCUUUACCCAAAGGAUUAUUUAUUCAAUAGUUAUAAAAUGACUGCGCUUUGGGAGGCACAUGGGCUCAUUACACUACCAAAAACGAAUAAAACACUUGAAGAUGUGGCCAAUANUAGUCAUUCGAUUGCUUCCAUGAUGGGUACAGUUCCCUCUCACAUUUUAGAAGGUCUUUCCAAAGAAGAGUCAUUGUCUCUGUUUGUGAAGUGGGCAUUUAAAGAAGGAGAGGAAGAAAAACAUCCUCACUUAGUAAAUAUUGGCAGAGAAAUUGUGAAAAAAUGCAGAGGGGUUCCAUUGGCAGUGAGAACAUUAGGUAGUUUACUAUUCUCCAAAUUUGAGGACAGUGAAUGGGAAUAUGUGAGUGACAGUGAAAUCUGGAAUUUGCCUCAGAAAAAAGAUGACAUUUUACCUGCCCUUAAACUGAGUUAUGAUCUCUUGCCAUCCUAUUUGAGGCAAUGUUUUGCAUUGUUUUCCCUUUACCCAAAGGAUUAUUUAUUCAAUAGUUAUAAAAUGACUGCGCUUUGGGAGGCACAUGGGCUCAUUACACUACCAAAAACGAAUAAAACACUUGAAGAUGUGGCCAAUCAAUAUUUGCAUGAACUCCUGUCAAGAUCCUUUCUCCAAGAUUUUGAAAACUUCGGCACUUCUUACAUUUUUAGAAUACAUGAUUUGGUGCAUGAUCUCGCCCUAUUUGUUGCGACGGAUGAGUGUCUACACGUGCGUUUCAACAUUCAAAAUAUUCCAGAAAAUGUUCGGCAUCUGUCUUUUGCUGGAAACAGUUUGUUUGACAAUUUAGUCAUAAAAAAAUCAGCAGCUGUGAGAACCGUACUGUUUCCAAAUGGUGCAGUAGGUGCCAACGGAGAAGCUAUACUAAAUACGUGUCUGUCAAAGUUCAAAUGCUUGCGAGUUUUGGAUUUACGUGGUUUGACAUUAGAGACUUUGCCCCGUACCAUUGCUAAGAUGAAGCAUUUGAGAUAUUUGGACAUUAGCAAAAAUCUCAACAUUAAGAGACUCCCCGAUUCUAUUUGCAAGCUCCAAAGUUUGCAAGUGUUGAUAAUUAGGGGAUGCGUAGAGCUGGAAGUAUUGCCCAAAGGAUUAAGAAAAUUAAUCAGUCUCCGUUAUUUGUUUUUUAGCACAAAGCAAAUUGUUUUGCCUGUGAAUGAGAUCGCCAAAUUGGGGUCGCUUGAAUACUUGAGCAUUGAAUGGUGCCAUAAUGUGGAGUCCAUCUUUGGAGGGGUGAAAUUCCCUUCUCUUAAAACAUUAUGCGUUGGGGAUUGUCAAAGUCUAAAAUCAUUGUCUCUGGAUGGUCAAAACUUUCCUGAAUUAGAAACAUUGCUUGUUAAGAACUGCGGUAACUUGGACUUGGGACAGAGUAAGGGCCACCAUAAAGAAGAAAGCCCGAAGCUGAAGCUAAAACUUGUAUUAUUUUUCGGUUUAUCACAGAUGGUGGCCCUGCCUAAAUGGCUUCAGGAAGCUAGCAAAUCCUUGCAGCGCUUGUAUGUUUUAAAUUGUGACAAUAUUGAAAGACUUCCAUAUUGGUUAACAACUCUGACUGAUCUCAAAGCACUUGAUUUAAUAAAUUGUCCAAAUCUGGUAUCUCUGCCAGAUAACAUUCAUCACCUCACUGCACUUGAAAGUUUGAGAAUUAGAGGUUGUCCUAACUUACAUAAAAUAUAUGAACCAAUGUUGGAGGGUUUUGGCCCAAAAUAUCACACAUCAAAGACAUUGUGAUUCAUGAACCACAAGAACCUGAGAAGAACAAGAGAAAGAGCCAGACAUAGUCGGAAGCGCCUUAUUUUCUCUAUUUAUUAUUUUCUGUAUGUGUUUUUUAUAAUGUUGAUUUUCUUUGUGUGGUUUUCAGUUUUUCUCUCGUGAAAAUUAGUUGGAGCUAGUAGCUAAGGCAUUUCAAUUUAGAGAGACCUCCAUGAUAUAGUUGUGCAAUAGUUCUAUAUUUGCUCCUUUUAACUGCUUUGCAUUGUCUAUCAUUAAUAUUGACAUACUUCAGUAUUUCAU